UCGUGCCGCAAUAGUUUGUCGAUUCGUUGUUUCUUAACAUGUUUUUUUAUCAUUAUAGUCGUUGUAUUAGACUGUGAUUAUUCAUUAUGAAUUAGUUAUUUAAGUUGUUGAACUACAAUUUCGAUAAAAAUUUAGCUGAAUUAAUAUUGUUAUAUUGAGAUUUAAGUUAUUAUAGUGUUCAUCAAAGAUUAUUUUCAAAUAUUAAAUUAUUUUAUAAUUUCAUCUUUGUAUCAUCAGUGUAAUGUUUAUGAGUAAAUGAUUACUUUAUCUCGAUAUAUUCUUGUGUAAUUUAGGAAAUAUAUCACAAUUAUGAAUGAAGCAAUAUAACAUUAACUUUGGAUUAUUUUUCAAGUUCAAUCUACUAGCAAUUUCAGUAAUUUAAAGAAUGGCUUCACAUUACCGCAAAAGUUUGCCUUCAGCUGAUGUAGCAUUAGCAUCCGAUAUUUUUGAUAGAUUUUGUACAGCCACUACAAUGAAGACUAUACUUGGCCAUUUCCGACAUUUGUGCGAAAUAUUACGUAUCAAGCCUACCAAUUUUCCUCAAUUUUAUCCUAAAUUAAGGACUAUGUUAUGUUCGUGGAAAGCAAAAGCAUUAUGGAAUAAGUUUGAUAAGAAAGCAAGUCAUAAAUGUUAUAAUCGUGGGAAAGCAUGUAUGAACACCAGGGUAUUAAUUAUUGGGUCAGGGCCAUGUGGAUUACGUGCAGCUAUUGAAGCCCAAUUGUUAGGUGCUAAAGUUGUUGUUGUUGAAAAAAGAGAUCGCCUUUCCCGGCAUAAUGUGCUUCAUCUCUGGCCUUUUGUAAUUCAAGAUUUAAAAGGCCUUGGUGCUAAAAAAUUUUUUGGAAAAUUUUGUGCUGGAGCAAUUGAUCACAUAAGUAUAAGGCAACUUCAGUGUAUUUUAUUGAAAGUAUCUUUAAUUUUGGGUGUUGAAAUUCAUGAAGGUGUGAGCUUUGAAUCCCUUUCUCCGCCAACAGAUGAUGAUGAAAAAUUUGGUUGGAGAGCAAAUUUUAGUCCUACCAAUCAUCCAAUUUCACAAUAUGAAUUUGAUGUUCUCAUUGGAGCAGAUGGAAAAAGAAACACUUUAGAGGGUUUUAAGCGAAAAGAGUUUCGUGGUCGAUUAGCUAUUGCAAUCACAGCUAAUUUUAUUAACAAACAUACUGAAGCUGAAGCAAGAGUAGAAGAAAUAUCAGGAGUAGCUUUUAUUUUCAAUCAAAAAUUUUUUAAAGAUCUUUAUCAUGACACUGGUAUUGAUUUAGAAAAUAUUGUUUAUUAUAAAGAUGAAACUCAUUAUUUUGUUAUGACUGCCAAAAAACAUAGUUUAAUUGAUAAAGGAGUUAUUUUAAAUGAUUAUGCUGAUGUAGCAAAAUUAUUAGCAUUAGAAAAUAUAAACAAAGAAGCACUUACUGAAUAUGCUAAAGAAGCUGCAAAUUUUUCUACACAUUAUUCACUACCUCAAUUAGAGUUUGCUCUUAAUCACUAUGGUCAACCAGAUGUAGCAAUGUUUGAUUUUACAUCAAUGUAUGCUGCUGAAAAUUCUAGUCAUGUUAUGCAAAAAAAUGGACAUAAACUACUUACCACUUUAGUAGGAGAUAGUUUAUUAGAGCCAUUUUGGCCAACUGGCUCAGGUUGUGCUCGCGGUUUUCUCAGUUCAAUGGAUGCUUGUUGGGCUAUUCGUCGUUGGGGAGCUACUGAUUCUAAUCCAUUACAUGUUUUAGCUGAACGUGAAUCAAUAUAUCAUAUUCUAGGUCAAACAACACCAGAAAAUUUGCAUCGAAAUAUAGCUGGAUAUACCUUAGAUCCACAUACACGGUAUCCAAAUUUAAAUACAAAUGCAGUUGUUCCAGUACAAGUUGUUAACUUAUUUGAUUGUGAUGAUAAAACUGUCAUUGAAAAAUUUUUAAAAGCCCCAAGACAGUUUUCUAAUUCAAUUCAAGAUGUUCCGAAAAAACGAAGGAGAAAAGUUUGUUUGGCUGCGCAUGAUUCAUCAAAAAAGGAAAGUCAAGUUCAUCAAGAUACAUUACUUAUUUGGAUCAAAGCUCAACUGGCGCCUUAUGAAUCGAUACUUAUUGAAGAUUUUGCAAAGUCUUUUAAAAAUGGUCUUGCAUUAUGUGCAAUUAUACAUAGAUAUCGUCCAGAUUUAGUAGACUUCUUUUCUUUAUCUCCAAUAGACGCUGCAAAAAAUAAUCAAUUGGCAUUUGAUAUUUUGGAACAUGAGUUUGGAAUUUCACCUAUAAUGUCUGGUGAUGAAAUGGAACAAUGUGAUGUACCAGAUGUUUUAGCAUUAUUGUCUUAUUUAUCACAAGUGUAUGACACAUUUAGACGAGAAAUUCCUCAUAUUAAACAUCCAAAAUUGGAAGACAGUGAUCAUGGUUCAGUAUCACCUGCAUUAAGUCGAUUUAGAGUAGCUACUUCUAAAAAUAUGUUCCUACCGUAUUCAAAAUUAUCUGUUCAAACAAAAUCUAUACCAAUAUCAAGAAAACGAUCUGGAAUUAGUAAUAUUUUGGCUAUUGAUAAAAGUACUAUUUCAUUACAGCGACGUAACAGAAAAAGACGCACAAAUAUUAGUAAUGGUUCAUUAGUACAAAUAAAAAAAAGAUUGAAUUUAAGAAUGCAGCAAGUUUUUACAAAAGAACCAGAAUGUGAUGAAAUAUUAAAUAAUGAUAAUCAUGAAGAAUUUAAAGAACGUGCCAGAGAAUUAGAAAGAAAAUUAUUUCCCAGUCCCCGAGAUUCACGUGUGCAUAGAGAAGUAUCACCCCGUUAUAAAAUGGAAGAAGAUAUUUCAGUCAGAGCAAAAGAAAUUGAAGCUAAAUUAAAAGGAGGCCCAGCUCUUGAUAAAAAACCAAAAGAUUUAUUAAGAGCUAUUGGAAAAAUUGAUAAAACUGAUUGGAAUGUAAAAGAAAUUGAACGAAAAAUUGAAGAAAAUAAAGCUUAUGUAAAACACAAUAAAAAUGGUACUGAAAAAGUACCCAAAUGGAGCCGCCCACAAUUUGAUGAUAAACUUAGUGCUAUAAAGAAGAAGCUGUAUGUGAAAGGAUACGAAAAUGAUGAGAGCAAUAAGAAAUAUGUAGAAAUUGACAACAACUUAAAUAAAUUAAACAGAAAAAUAAAAGAUGGAAAUAUUUUAGAUCAAGGCCAAAGAGGUGCUAAUAAAGUUUCUGCUAUGGCUGCUCAUCUAGCUACUAUAAAUAAACAACCAGAAAACAUACUUCAAAAAUCUGGUACUAAAAAUUCUGUUGUAAUUUCUCAAAGAGGAAGUGAAACAUGCCAUUUUUGCAAUAAUCGUGUUUAUUUAAUGGAACGUUUAAGUGCUGAAGGCAGAUUUUUUCAUCGCGGUUGUUUCCGUUGUGAAUAUUGUUUAAUUACUUUGCGGUUAGGGAACUACAUGUUUGAUAGAGAAGGAAAAUAUAACAAUAGAUUUUACUGCUCUCAACAUUUUGGAUUGCCUGGUACUCAACAAACACGAUCUCGACGUAAAUAUGAACAAAAGACUGAACCAGAUAUGAGUAUUAAACAAGUUAUUUUGAAUAAAACUCCUGAAAAGACUAAAGCUUCAAUGGAGUCUUUAGACAGAGGGGAAACUCCUGAACGAGUAGAAUUUGAGAAUUUAGAUGUAGAAGAAGAUUUAGCUCAUAGUGAAAUGGAUGAAGAUGAAUGGACAGAUCGUAAUUUUGGUGCUUCAGCAAAUGAAAUGCUUUCCUCAGAUGAGUUAUCUGAUUUGAGUGAUAGUGAUGAAGUUCAUAACCCAAAAAUCAACAUUCAAAACAAAGAAUUAAAAGUUUUAUCAUCGGUUGCUAGUAAUGAACAUUUACCUCAUAAUAUAGUAGAAGAUGAUGGAUUAAGUUCACAAAAUGAAUCUGAUGAGUCCCAAGAUCGUUGUAGUUAUAAAGAAUUUGACAGUGAUGAUGAUGAAAGUGACACUGCAACUGAAGGUGAGGAAGAUAUAAAAGCACGUGAAAUGAGAAAAAAAGAGGUUUGUCUACGUAUUCCAGAAGUAUCAGCUGCUACUACAGAUACAGGCUCAGAAACUGAGGUAGCUACUGAUUAUUACUCUACUAGUUCAGAUGAAUCUGCAACAGAAAUUUCAACAGAUUCAGAAUUUGAACGUGAUGAUAAGACACCAACAAAACAUAAUAUUCCAAAUAUUAUAGUUAGUGAAAGUAUUCAAUCAAAAAAAGUAAUUGAAGAUAUUAAAGUUGAUCCAUUAGUACCUGAAAAUCCUAAAAUAGCAGAAAUAGUAAAUCGAGUGGCUCAUAAUCGGCCAAAUUUUGUACCAUUUGCAAGGCCAGGUUAUGAAUUAAACAGAACUCAAUCUACUGAAGGUAUAGCUACUAAACGAUCUUUGGAAUUGAAAAAAUUAUAUUUAUUAGCUGGUAAUGAUAACGGCUUAGCUGUUAAAAAAUCUGGAUCUUCAGCAACUUUAGAUACAAAAUUUAAAAGUUUUGUUGAUCAAAUAUCUGAAUACCAAAAAAAAUUGAAUCCUGCACCUACUCCUAGUCCCACAAUGCAAGCAUUUUUACAGAAUGCUAGUCCUAUCAUCAAUAAUAACGAAAAAAAGUUAAAGUAUUUGUUAAAUGAUGAUGAUGACUUUCAACAUGUUUGCUCAAAGAAUUCAGAAGAUACUACGAAAAAAAACAAUGACAAGCAAUUAAAUAACAACGAAAUAAAUAAUGUUAAAAUCGAAGACAUUGAAGUAGAAAAUGAAUUAGUAAGGCCUCAUAGUCCAGUUUAUGAAACUUCUAUAAUUGUUCCAGAAUUUUGUCAUCAAGUUAAUGAUGGUAAAAAAAUAGAAAUAAAUUUCAUGUCAACAGAAACUUCCAGUUCUUCAGAAAAUGAGGAUAAAGCUCCAGAUAUUGAUUUUUCUAAUGAAAAACCACUUAUAGAAAAUCAUAGUUUACCAAAAUUAGAAUUUCACAACUCCCGAGGUGAACUCAUUGAUGAAUUAGUUGAACCACCUUCUGCAGAAAUUGACUCCAAAAUAUCUCAUAUUUAUUCAGAAAAUGGAUUUAACAAAAUUAUCACAGUGCCCAAGUUGUCAAAUGAAGAUGAUAAUGUAAGGAAUAGUGAAGUAUUAAAGCAUGUAUCAACUACUGCUGAUCUUUGUAAGACCAAUGGAAGUGUAGCUGUAGAAACAUCUGUACUCAAUAGCAAUGAUAUUAAUAAAACUUCACGAUCUUUAUUGUGUAAAUCAACAGAUAAUGUAUCUAACAUGGACGAAGAAGAACAUACAAUUGGAGGGCAUACUGAAACCGAACUAUCCGACUGGGCAAGAGAUGAUGAUGUUGGAGUUUCAGAGGCUUGGGAUGAAUUUGUGCCAGUACCUAUUAAAUCGGUCACAUAUAGGAAACAUCAACGGCCAAAAUCCAAGAAAAAACUUAGAAAUUCACCUAAAAAAAAACCAACUGAAGACACAAAUGAGUAUGGACAUGUAUGUGGUAAAAUAGACAGUGAUAAUAUAGAGUUUAUGGAUACUGUAAGUGAUGAAAACAGUGAUGAGCAUGUGGCAGCCCUUAAUCAGACACUGUUGCAAAACACCGGAUACAUAGAAUUUGUUUGUAAUCAUGACAUAGAAGAUGAAGAUGAGCAGAAAACUCCUGUGAUUGAAACAAUGAACUCCUUUUAUAAUGAUAAUGUUUCUGUGGAUAAAGAUGACAAUGAUACAACCACAAGUGACAUGGUUACUGUAAUAAUGGACAGUGUUAAAAUAAAUCAAGAUAAAAAUGAUGAUGCUUUAACACCGAUAGUUAAUGACAAUAAUAAGACUUAUUGUAAUUAUGUGCAACGACUACAAGAGAAAAUUACUCCAUUCAACAAUAUACGAGACUCUAUUGAUAUCAAGAAAACAAAGAAGUCACCUGUUCAUUCUAUAAAUGGUGUAACUAUAACAGUAGAUCCUUCUACAGUUAUAGAAUCUGUACAAAAUCUUGUUGAAUCCAAUAAACUUAUCGAACAAAAUUCUACUACUUAUAAAUUACAACAGAUAAUAAAAGAAAGAAUGAAAGAAAAAAAUCUUGUCCAUGACAUGGUUAUGAGCAAAAUUCCUAGUAAAUCACCUAACGAAAGAAAACAAAGACGAAAUCGAACUUCUCCUUUUUCAACAGAACAUUCUGUACAUGAUUUUGAAUUUGUUAAACCACUUUCAGUUUUCCAAUGUGCUACAGAAGUUAAAGCUCGCCCUGCUUCACUUUACAUACCCACGAAAAGCCCAAAAAGUGAAAGAAAGCUUAAUGAUAAUGUUUCUAAAACAGUCCCUUGUUCAGAAGCUUUUUCAUUACCAGACAUAAGAAGAGCUUUGUUUGAAGAAAAAGAUACUAAAAUAAAUGUAGCUAAUAUAUUAAAAUCGACUGAAGAAAUACGAGAAAAUGCUCGAGCUAGAGCUAGGUUGAAGAGUGACUCAGAAUUGGGGAUAAGUCCUGAAGAUAAGAUAAAACAGCUAAAAGAAAAGUUAGAACGGCGAAGAGCAGUGAAAAGUGAAUGUGAUGGAAUAGCUAUACUAUCUAAAAGCAAAAGUUGUCAGUCACUAGAUGAACUUGAUCAAGAUCUUCCAAUGUGUGAAACACCUAAAAGAAAUAUUCAAACAAAGAUUGAUCGACCUGAAAGAAAGCGAAGUAUUACUCAAGCUGUUAUGGCAGCUAUUUUUCAAAGAAAAACUCCAUCUCCUAACAAAAACUAUUCUCCAUCUAGUCAACAAACAUCACCUUCUAAAUUUAAGUUUCUUAUAAGUGGGAAAACAAAAGAAAAAUCACAGUCAGCUGAUAAUAUCACUAUACUCAACAGAGAACAUGAAAAGAAGUUUAAUUCUAUGACAGUAAAUAAACCUGUACAACUAAAGUGUAAUAGUGAGUCUGAAAUUAGACGUCGCCUAAUAGAUUCUCUCGCUCCUCCAGUACCUCCAUUACCAGCUUGUUACAAAGUUGAUAGUCAGAAUCUGAAAGAAAAUAUUGAUGAUAAUAAAUCCAAAAAUCAUCAAUUUGAUGAAAAUAUAAAUGACAGCAUGUUUAGCAAUGAUAAUAGAUUGACAAAAACAGAAAUUAAAAUUGCUCGUGCAUCUCAGCGUAAAAGGUUAAGAAUUGCACAAGAAAUUCAAAGAAAAUUAGAAGAAUUAGAUGUAAAACUAAAAAUAUUAGAAGCUGAAGGUGUGGAGGUUGAAAAAAGGUUAAGGGGCGAAGGAGAUGAAGCAACUGAGGAUGAGCCAUCUUUAUUACACACAUAUUGUGAACUUAUGAGCGAAGUUAAUCGAUUAAGAAGAGAGGAACGUGAAUUAGGAUUACAAGCUCAAGAAUUAGAAAUAGAAGAUAACUUAGCACGUCAAGAUACCUUAAAUUCCAAUGAUAACAACUGGAGUAUUAUUUCACCAACACAUUAAUAAAACAGUAUCACAAAAUAAUAACAAAAGCUUAUUUUUGUUUAUAUUAUGAAUCAUAUAGUUGUUGAAAGAAUGACAGACCCCAUUAACAAGAAUUUAUAGCUCACUUAUUAUUUAAGAAUAUUCGUAUAACAAAUUAUAUUGUAUUUAUUUUUUUAUAAUUGUUUUUCUUCUUUAUAGACUAUAAUAUAUUAUUUUAAGUAAGCUAAUGUGUGAUAGUUUCAUUAACAAACAAGUAAAUUAUUUAAUUCUGUUAAUAGUAUUUUAAUAAUAAGAUCUUAAGCCAAAGCUAACAUUUAAUUUAAUUGUAUAACAAUAGUGUAACAAUUAUAUUUUUUUAAUUUUUUUGUAUAAUCUGUGAUAUGUUUAGAGUUUUAUAAUCGAUG